CCUCUGAGAAUUACAGUUUCGGGCUUUAAUCACGCAAACGCUUGUUUCAAAUUAUGGAUGGGCCAAAACAAUUAGACGAAGAAACUUUGCAAUACCUCUACGCGUGGAUAGACAAGAUACCGCUCUCCAGAACCAAACGGAAUAUAUCAAGAGAUUUUAGCGACGGAGUUAUGGCUGCAGAAGUAGUGAAGCAUUUCUUCCCUAAGCUGGUGGAGCUGCACAACUACACGCCCGCACAUUCCACGCAACAGAAGCUGAGUAACUGGAGCACCCUGAACAGAAAAGUUUUCUCUAAGCUGAACUUUCAAAUACCUGAGGACUUGCUGAAGAAAAUUGUGGACAGCACAGCAGGCUACAUUGAACCAGUCCUUUGCUCUCUAAAAGAGAAGAUAGAGGAAAAGAGACCAGGAAAACAAUUCGAUAGUACACAGGACUUGGAAUAUUACAGCACAUCAAAUGGACAGCUGAGACCAGUGAAUCAUAUGAUGGUUUUUGAGAACACUCCAGCCACCAAUCCAACCACUGUGAUGAAAACAGGCAAAGUCAGUGCUGCUGCAGCCUUGGGAUCAAAUGCGGAUCCAUCUGUCCGUUUACUCUUGGAGAAAAAGGAGCAAGAAAUUUUGACUUUACAGGAGACUGUUGAGAUUUUACAGAUUAAAGUAAACCGAUUGGAGAACCUUGUGCAUCUUAAGGACCUACGCAUUAAGGACUUGACAAAGCACUAAGUGCAAUAUAAGGCACACAACUCAUGAUUUCAUUACAUUGCCACCAUGAGGAAGUGCAUACUAUAUGCAUACUCAACACUCCUAGUAAACUUAUAAAAAGCUGCGUGUUGUCCAUGUGAAAUUAUCUUUUUUCCAUACCUGUUCCUAACCUGUGAUUGUUAGCAAACAGAAACACUGAUGGCAAUUUCUUUAACUUACAUAUUGCAUUAGCACCAGCAGUGACCAUCUUCAGCAGUUUAUGCUUCUGCAUAUGAAUGAUUCACCAGUAUCAGUAUACUUUUUAUUUUUACGAUUUACGUUGUAUUUUUUCACUAUUUUUUCUUUUUUUCACUAAAUAUUUAAGAACAGACCUCCAUCACCAUUGAUCGUGAUAAUCUUACAAAGCUUACUCUCAACAGUAAAUGCAAUGAUAGUGGUUUUAUUUUAUGUGGAAUUAUUGAACAUUAUAUUUAGUAUAUAUAAUUAUUUUAAUGUUAUAAUUGUGAUUUUCCAUAGUAUACCCAGUUGAAUUAUUAUCUUUUUUUUUGCUUCCUAAAUUUGGUUUUACUGUAUUUUGGAAUUUUUCUUAUCAUUUUACAUUGUUUGUAAGUCACCUGACUUCACAGUAUUAUUAGUCGUCAUGUCAUAAGACCGGUCUACCAUGUUUGUGGCUGAUGUUAGAUGUCGAAAGUAAAGUAUUUGUAAUGUU